UCUCGGCGCUCGUCUCACGCACAGCGACACCUCCAGUAUCCCAGUGUUCCGUGCGGCAGAAGCGGGUCUCUCACACACACAAGGCAGAGAAAAUGGCGGACGUACUCGAUUUGCACGAAGAGGCCGGGGCCGAGGAUUUUCCUAUGGAUGAAGAUGAAACCAUCCACAAGUUAAAAGAGAAAGCAAAGAGGAGAAAGGGAAGAGGCUUUGGUUCAGAGGAGGGGGCGAGGUCGAGAGUGCGUGAGGAUUACGACACAGUGGAGCAAGACGGGGAUGAGCCGGGCCCACAGAGAUCUGUGGAGGGCUGGAUUCUGUUUGUGACUGGAGUCCACGAGGAAGCCACUGAAGAAGACAUCCACGACAAAUUCACAGAGUUCGGAGAAAUCAAGAACAUUCACCUGAAUCUGGACAGGAGGACGGGAUUCCUGAAGGGCUAUGCGCUGGUGGAGUACGAGACUUACAAGGAAGCCCAGGCAGCCAUGGAGGGGCUGAACGGCCAGGAUAUGAUGGGUCAGCCCAUCAACGUGGACUGGGGCUUUGUAAGAGGGCCGCCCAAGAGCAAGAGGAGAGGUGGGCGGAGACGAAGCAGGAGUCCUGAUAGGAGGCGGCGCUAAGCUUCUCAUCCUGCUCUCUCAUUGGUUGACUUCACACUGUAGACACCGGCCUUCCAAUCAAGAGGCAGAAUGACAAUGUUACCUUUUUUUUUUAUUUAAUUUUUUUUUCUCCUCUCAAAGUGGGGAGUUUUUAAAAAAUUAUUUUUUUUUUUUUUUUUGGUAUUCUGGCCUUGUCAAUACCAGCAACAUAUAAUCCCCCCCUAAACCCGAGUUAAAAUGACUGCCCUGUCGUUAACGGACUAAUAAACGAGUCGCGGAAUCCGUUCGCUGCAGGAGCGUUCUGUCUUCAUGCUGCGAGAUUUUAAUAAACUGUGGAGGAAGCAAGCCAAGCCUUUCAUAAUUGGUAAUUGGUUAAAAAUCUUGAGGACCAGUAUUUUGGGGAAACUGGUUAAAUACUCUUAAAAAAAGGCUAGUUUCACAAGCCUUGAUUUUAGUUCUAAUCUAAACCCAUGUGAAACGAGAUCCUGGGCAGUGAAACCAGUGAUCAGUGUUGCAGCACAGUUCUCAUUUGACUGCAGCGUGGUUUAAAUAAGGUGGAUUAUGUUUCAAACCGUGUCAUUUUUUGCGUGUCACUUGAAACUUUUUUUUUUUUUUUUUAAGGUGUAAAAGUUUCCCUUAAAAUAAAACGAAGUAAUGGUUUGGUUUGUACGUUUUGGGUAUCUGUUUUCUUUUGAGGGGAGAUUAAAAUGUGUUUUUAAUAAAAGAAA